CCAAACCCUGCCUGGUGCGGCUGCAACUGGCGAACUCAACGGCUAUCUCUUACACGUGCGAUCACGUGUCAGCUCUCCAUCCUAUAUAAUUCCACAACAACCCCUCCCCUGUCUUUCCCUUUCUUGUCCAAUCUCUCUAAUAGGAGAAAACGAAGCUCUCUCUCUACCAGAUAUCUAGGGUUUCUGUCUGAAAUAGGACGGAUCCUUUUGAUUUCCUGACUUUUCGUCUUUUCUUCUCCGUCCUUUGUUUGUUUUCUGAAUAUUUUUCGGAAUUUGAGCUGUACAAUCGAUGGAUAAAGAGCUUCUGGAGAUCUUCGAGGCCGCGAAGAAAGCGGCGGAUGCUGCGGCAUCUUCAGACGGAGCUUCGUCCUCCGGAGGAGGAUCAGAGGAAGCUCGAUGCUUGGAUGCCUUGAAGCGACUGAGGGAUUUUCCUGUCACGUUGCAGGUCCUUUUGUCAACGCAGGUUGGGAAAUCUCUUCGUCCUCUCACAAAGCAUCCUAGGCAGAAGAUCCAGGCCGUGGCUUCUGACUUGUUUGAGUACUGGAAGAACAUAGUCAUCGAGGAGACAGCCAAAAACAAGAGAAAAGGUAACUCAGAUGGUAAACAGUCAACAAAGGUUGAGGUAAAAUCUGAGAGGGCAGGGCCUGCAACAGGGGAGACUGUCAAGGUUGAGAAGCUUCAAAAUUCGGCGGCAAUGAAUAUUGACAAGAUCUCAAGGUCUGAAAAUGUCAGGGUUGAGAAGGUCAAUCGGGGUGAGACAAUAAAGACUGAGAAGGUUUCAAGGUCAGAAACUGUUAAGGUGGAGAAGGUUGAGAAUGGUGAGACUGUCAAGGUUGAGAAGAUUGGUGGGGCUGAGACUUUUAGGGGUGAAAAAUUUCACAGCGAAGAAAAACAUCCAGCUGGAGCUAGGAAACCAUCAUCAGCCCCUAUUGGCCCUCCAAAAUUGACCUCAAUGAUCAAAUGUAAUGAUUCCGUGCGUGACAAGCUCCGCGAACUUCUGGCGGAGGCCUUCUCCAAAGUUUCUAGUGAGGUGGAUAAAGAUACGGUGGAAGAGGUAAACGUGUGUGACCCAAUACGGGUGGCCGUCUCGGUGGAGUCUGUAAUGUUUGAAAAGUUAGGCAGAUCUAAUGGUGCCCAGAAGUUUAAGUAUAGAUCCAUAAUGUUCAACCUGAAGGAUGCAAACAACCCGGACUUGCGGAGAAAAGUUCUUCUUGGGCAAAUCAAACCAGAGAGACUUAUUAAUAUGACCCCUGAAGAGAUGGCUAGCGACAAGCGGAAAAACGAGAAUAAGCAGAUCAAAGAUAAAGCUUUAUUUGACUGUGAGCGCGGAGGGCCCCCAAAAGCCACGACUGAUCAGUUCAAGUGCGGCCGGUGCGGACAGCGGAAGACAACCUACUACCAAUUGCAGACUCGGAGUGCGGAUGAGCCAAUGACGACGUUUGUAACAUGUGUAAACUGCAACAACCAUUGGAAAUUCUGUUAGCUGCUUCACCAAUCUAACUAUCCAUGUGCAUCAGAAUGACAUCAGAUGAGUUACAACCCUCGUCCUCUUCCCAUUUAUGAUUCAACAAUCAUGCAAUUAUGUCUCUGAUGUCCUGAGAAUCUCUCUGUGCAUCCAUCUUUUCUAGGGUUUUAACUUGUUUCGAGGGAUAUUCAAGCAUUUGAAUUGUACUUGAUAGUCUGUAAAACCUCUUUAAUAUCCAGGAAGUCAGAGUUAUGAUUUGUCUGUAUUCUGCAAGUACUUUAUAUCCAUGUUCUCAUCUUGUAGAAACUUGCGGAUCUAAAAUGGUGGCAAGUUCUUUAUCAGAAGUGCAUGUAGAUCAUGAUGGCUUCUGAUAUGGAAUGCUCUUUAUAAAAAAAUGCAUCUAAAUGGCAUUUUAGCUUA